GUCGAAUUCCAUUGUCAGCAAAAUUUCUCUGUUGCGGUUUGGGAAAAAGACGCCUACGCAGCAAAUCAUCGACGACAGUGUCGUAUCUCCGAGCUCCGUCAUCUGCUUGGUCGCCUGUUUCUCUCUCUCAGCACCAUGGACGAGGCUCGCAAGCAUCAGGUCUCCUUGAGGGGAGCAAGUGCGAGAGAGAUAUCUCGGGAUGCCCUGCUCGAGAAGGUCUCCCAGGAAAGAGAGCUCCGCAAUUACGCGAGGCGUGCUUCUGCUGCUGCUAUCUUCAUACAGAGAGUCUGGAGGCGGUAUAAUGUGUCGAAGAAGACUGCAUUGCAACUACAAGGGGAAUGGGAAGAAGCUGUGGCGAAUAAUCAUGAUGGUUCAGUGUCUGCUGGUUGGAUUUCUGGCAGUGUUUUAAGACCAUUUCUUUUCUUUGUCGAGCUUUUAUCCACUCGUCAUCAAAAGAUUAAGUCUGUUGAUAGGAGUUGCAUUCAAACUUGCUUUAAGAUCUUGCUGGAAAGCGUGAAUUCUACUGAUUCUAAAAAGAAUUUUUGCUCCUUGGCAUUCGGUACACUCGAAGAACGAAGAACAUGGACUUACCAAUCAAGAAAGUUGAUCUCAAUAUGCUCAUUUGUCCUUUCGAAAUGUGAUAAAGAUCAUGCAGAGGGACGAGAUGUAAUUGUUCUAGCCUCUCUGGGGAUGCGUCUUCUUGUUGUCUUAACUGAUCUGAAUGCAUGGAGAAGUAUUGCGAUUGGUCGUCCUGAGGAUGCUGAUAGUGCAGUGAAGGAUUUGGUUAGGUUCAUCGGUGGUCUGGAAAGUGGCUUUUAUCGAUCCCUAAGGAGAUACGUGGAGAGAUUAGAGAUUUCCUCUCCUUCCCGAAAGAAAAGGAUGUCUUCUCAGACAGAUGAUCUGUUUCUGGUCACUGCUAGUUCAGUAACUUUAGCUCUACGUCCUUUCCAUGCUCUCCAUUCAGAUUCUCAUGGCUCUGUCUUGGUGGAAAUGCAAUCUGCUGUUAUGCAUUAUUGUUUGUCUCUCCUUACUGUUCCCUGGCUUGCUGAACGUUUACCGGCUGUGCUUCUGCCAGCUGUGAAGCACAAGACUGUACUCUCACCAUGCCUCAAGACAAUGCUGAUUUUGAGAGAUGAUAUUCUCUCUGAGAUGGCAAGGCUGGAUUACUUGAAGGUACCACAUUCUGCCCAGGUCAUUCCACCUGUGGCCUGGCUUCUUGCUAACAUAGUUUGUCUAGCUGCUAGCACCGAGAAUGACUUCACAGGUCCAGGAGGGCUAUUUCAGGACGCAGACUAUGCAUCCUAUGUACGUAUAGUUGCCAUUCUUUCUGAGAACCUGCUGCAAUGGUUUAGCGAUGGUGGUUGGACCGAGCAUCAAGAUUCUCAAGUCAAUGCUGAAACUUCAGUCAAGCAUGUAAAAGUUUUUCAUGAGAAUGAGGCCGUGCAUACCCUUAUUAUGUCAUAUGUGGAGCUACUCAGGCCUAUUUUCCAGCAGUGGCACCUAAAAAAGCUUCUUUCUAUUACAAAAGAGGGUUCCGCAUCUCCAAGUCCAAAUUUCUCAAGGACGUUGGAGCUAAUUGAUAUCGCGUAUUUAUAUUCCUACAUGCUCAGAAUCUUCUCGUUCAUGAAUCCCACGGGAGCUUUGCCAGUUCUCAAUAUGCUGUCAUUUACUCCUGGAUAUCUUGUCAGUCUAUGGGAAGUACUGGAAAGCUCACUCUUUCAAGGUCAGAUGUCUAAGCAGGAUGAUGCGUAUAGUAGCAAAACUUCAAUGCACUCAAAAGAUCAGGUCCUUGAGAAAAAACAGAAACCUGCAAGUAAGGAUGCAGGAAGUAAGUGGGGAAACGUACUGAAUAGAAUGACAAGUAAGUCUGGCGUUGUGUCUUCAGGCAAUGGACAACCUAGUGUGCAAGUCACUGAGGAAGUAGAUGAUAUUUGGAACGUAGAAACUCUGAAAUAUGGCCCAGAAAAAGUUUCCAGAGAUCUGUCAUGUCUACUUCAUUUGUUCUGUGCUACCUAUUCCCACUUGCUAUUAGUUCUUGACGAUAUUGAUUUCUAUGAGAAACAGGUUCCGUUCUUGCUGGAGCAACAACGAAGAAUUACAUCAGCAUUGAACACAUUUGUUUACAACUCUUUGGCCAAUAAUAACUUCCGGCAAAAUAAACCCUUAAUUGAUUCUGCAGUGAGAUGUCUGCAUUUAUUGUAUGAACGUGACUGCAGACACCAGUUUUGCCCUCCUGCUUUGUGGCUUUCGCCAGCCAAAAAAACCCGGCCUCCUAUCGCUGUUGCUGCUCGAACACAUGAGAUUAUGCUGACAAAUGUAAAGUCGGAUGAUACAGUGACAAGUCCGGUUCUUAAUUCAGUGGUAACUGUUACUCCACACAUAUAUCCAUUUGAAGAAAGAGUCCAGAUGUUCAGGGAAUUCGUCAACAUGGAUAAAGUAUCCCGGAGAAUGGCUGGGGAUGUCUCUGAACCUGGUUCACGAGCAGUUGAGAUUGUAGUUCGUCGAGAUCGUAUUGUCGAAGAUGGAUUUCGUCAACUCAAUUCUCUCGGACCUAAGUUGAAAUCGUCCAUUCAUGUUUCAUUUGUUAGUGAAUGCGGGCUUCCAGAGGCAGGAUUGGACUAUGGUGGAUUGUCCAAGGAAUUUCUGACUGAUAUCUCAAAAGCAGCAUUUUCUCCAGAGUAUGGUUUGUUUUCCCAAACCUCAACCUCAGACAGAUUUCUAGUUCCAAACCCAGCUGCUAGAUACUUGGAAAAUGGCAUCCAGAUGAUCGAAUUCCUUGGAAGAGUUGUUGGGAAAGCUCUGUAUGAAGGAAUAUUACUAGAUUACUCAUUUGCACACGUUUUUGUGCAAAAGCUGUUAGGAAGAUAUAGCUUUCUGGAUGAAUUAUCAACACUUGACCAAGAGCUGUACCGCAAUCUAAUGUACCUGAAGCAUUAUGAUGGUGAUGUUAAGGAACUCUUGCUGGACUUCACAGUUACAGAAGAAUCAUUUGGUAAAAGACAUGUUGUCGAGCUUAAACCUGGUGGCAAAGACAUUUCAGUGACCAAUGAGAACAAGAUGCAAUAUGUUCAUGCAAUGGCAGAUUAUAAGCUUAACAGACAGAUCUUCCCCUUUUCACAUGCCUUCUAUAGGGGUUUAACUGAUCUCGUAUCACCAUCUUGGUUGAAGCUAUUUAAUGCAAGUGAAUUCAAUCAGUUACUUUCAGGUGGUGACCUCGAUAUUGAUAUCGAUGAUCUAAGAAAGAACACACGAUAUACAGGUGGCUAUGCAGAUGGAAGUCGAACAAUCAAACUUUUUUGGGAGGUGGUGAAAGGGUUUCAACCAAGUGAACGUUGUUUGCUGCUUAAAUUUGUCACUAGCUGUUCUCGUGCUCCAUUGCUUGGGUUCAAACACCUACAUCCUUCCUUUACUAUUCACAAGGUCAGUUGUGAUUCUUCCAUAUGGGCAACCAUUGGAGGACAGGACGUGGAAAGGCUCCCAUCUGCUUCAACUUGCUACAAUACUCUAAAGUUGCCAACGUACAAAAGGGCCAGUACUUUGCGAGCAAAACUUCUUUAUGCUAUCAGUUCCAACACAGGAUUCGAGCUUUCCUAGGAAUUUUUCAUGCUUCAACUCAAUCAUAUUCAGGUAACCUUUGAAGCUCAAUAGCUUGAAUGAAUUGCCAACUUGUCA